AUGGUAUGUAAAAAUCAGCACGGUUAUUAUUUGAGCAGUAUCAAUAUCAAAAAGCCGUUUAUAACCGAUAUGUCGCUGAAUUAUGGUAAAGGUUUUCUACCCGUUCAUGAAAAAGUGAUAAAAAGUUUGAACAAAAAAGAAGGAAAGGGCAUUGUACUUCUCCAUGGAGUGCCAGGUAGUGGUAAAACACACUAUAUUCGCUAUCUGAUUCAUGAAAUUAAAGAUAAAACACUCAUAUAUGUUCCACCUGAUAUGGCCAAAGAAAUAUCUUCACCUGAGUUUUUACCAUUUCUAAUGCAGUAUCAAGAUUCAAUAUUGAUUAUAGAAGAUGCCGAAAACAUUAUCAAAGAUCGUAAUGAUGUCUUUAUUCCUAAUCAGGCAGUUGCCAAUUUAUUAAAUUUAUCCGAUGGUUUACUAGGAGAUGCCAUGCAUCAACAGAUCAUUGCCACAUUCAACUGUGAUUUGAAAUCAAUUGAUAAAGCUCUGUUGAGAAAAGGUCGACUGAUCGCCAAUUAUGAAUUCAACAAACUUGACGUAGAAAGUGCUAGAAUGUUAUCGCAUAAAUUAGGAUUUACAAAUGAAAUCAGUGAACCAAUGACAUUGGCUGAAAUUUACAAUCAAGCGGGAGUAGACAUGGAAGAUGUUCAACAUCAGAACGGACAUAUCUCUGAAUAA